CGAGGGAAAAGUUCAUGAUUAGCCAUUACUCCUCCACGCGGAUACUCGCACGCACAAACUGUAGUAGUGCAUGAUUAAUUGUAAAAUGAUGCUCAACACUCCCAAGCGUGCAAUUCACACGUGUGCAAUAAUAAACACGAACCAACGGGGACAUUCCCGUCAUUCUAUUCUCUAUAUAGCUUCUCAUCGACUCAUACACUUUGCACUCCUCUCCAACUUUCUCUCUCUAAAUUUGCUCUGUUGCGCCUUUUUGGUUUCUUAUCUGCGGUAAAAUCUGAGCCUCUGAUCUUUGUUUAUUGAGGACAAGCUGUUAAGAUCUUGGCUUUUCCUUUUGUUUACUGAAAAUCAAAGUCAUUAGUUGUGGCAAAUUGAAGAACAGCAUGCGGUGGUAUAGUCUCUCCAUUGACGUGUUCCAGAAAGUUAUCUCUUUGAACUUGUACUGCCAUGUGAUUCUGUAAAAUCUUCUCAAUUCAGAAAACUACACCGCUUAGCCACUUACUUUCACAUACGCCUAGAAUACUCAAUUUUAUUUCCAUAUGGGAUCUACUCGCUUUGUGGUCAUUCCUUGCUACGUACGCUUGAUCAGCUGAGCUUUUCUUCUCCUCUGGAAUUUCUUGGCAUAUUCUCCAGUCUUCAGACCUAGACAAUUGUGUUAUUUGGUCCUCAAUUGUGCUUUGUUAUAAUUUCCUGUUGGGGUUUUGCGGGUUACCUUUGAGCCAAGAGUUUGCCUAUAGUUCGGUUUUUUAUUACUUUGUUCAGAACGGUGUGGUGUUAUUUAAUUGAACUGGUUAGGACAAGAAGUUAUGGUGUGCCAAGCUGCUAGUCAGACAAGAUUUCGGGCAUUGAAACAUGAGAAUGGAAUUGCUGGGCGUGCCACCAUAAUAGUUAGAGUCAUAGCAUGCUUUCAACCUCUCCAGGAUUGCCAGGCUGAGUAUUUCCGUCAUUUGCUUAAACCUGUUACGUAGAUUGGAUUCUUUUCUGGUGUUUUCAAGUUAUAAGCUGGAUUUUUUUAGUUUUUGUUUGCCUUCAAAUAUAAAAGUACAACAAACAAUCAGCGAUUUUGAAUACAAGUAUUGGUUAUCUGGUGAUUGUUUUGCCUAAAUGGAAAAGAACUCUGGAACAUGGUUCUAUUAUGAUCAGCAAUCACGCAAUCAAAAUUCCUUGGGCUCCCCAAUCCACACGGGGCUGCUGAGUUCUGUGCCCACUUACUUGAAUCAGUACCCUGAAUAUUCUACAUUUGAAACUUCUCCACUCUUUCCGGAUUCUGGGAUGCAACAGUUUAAGGCAAGUGAACCGAAUGUCUCUCACAAUUGGUUACACUUUCUGCCUUUCAAUCAGACCUUUGCUCCCGUAUCGAAUCCUGUUUUUACAGAGAGAUUUCCUACUGCCCCUCUUGAAAAUUUCGGGAUGAAAGGAAGUCCUGACACAGCCACUAGAACCGCUCAGAAGAAAUUUCUAGUUUUUGAUCAAUCUGGUGGCAGAACAACCUUGAUUUACAGUUCUGGGGUUGAAACUCCUGUUCAGUGUAUGACUCUUUCAAAGCCAAAGCCUCCUGCCCCGUAUGUUUUGAAUAAAGAAGAGGCGCGAAAUACCAGAGCUCCUUUGGGGCCACUUAUGAAUGACGUGUACAAUGAAAAUAACUAUAAACAUGACAAGAAAAGUGAGAUGCAUGAAGACACUGAAGAACUGAAUGCUUUGCUCUUCUCUGAGGGUGACAGUGAGAGUUCUGAUGAUGAUGAAGAAACGAGCACAGGUCGUUCACCUCCUAGUACGAUGACCCAUUGUCGUCUACCUGUUUUGGCCGAAGACAGGGAUGUGCUUCGUUCUGCUGAGCCAAACAAGAGGCAGAAACUCUUACACGGAGGUUAUGAUGUGCCACCAUAUGUGCACACUGCACGCUCUUUGAAAACCUAUACAAGCUCUGAAUUGGAGGAUGAUGCAGAUUCCAGUUGGGGAAAUGCUAAUAGUCAAGAUUCUAAAGAGUUGGGUACCAUAUCCGGUAAAAAAAGGUCUAGGAAAGAUGAAGUACUCGAAACUGUUAACAUUCUGCAGAGGAUAGUUCCUGGUGGGAAGGGGAAGGAUGCAAUUGUCAUUAUUGAUGAAGCAAUUCACUACUUGAGGUCCUUGAAGGCAAAAGCUAAGGUUUUAGGGCUAGAUACGCUCUGAAUAUCCACUUUCCUUGCCUCACCAAUCAGUGCAUGCUUGUUAUCUACUAUUAGACCAUACUAGAUGGUACAUGAAAUAAGAUUUCCAUUUUGUCCUUAAUGUGGUCCACUGUUAUUUAAUCCUCCCAACCAGACAAUACAUUGUUGAAGAGUUAUGACAGUCAGGAUUGUUCAUAAAACAGCCAGUAGCAGUACAGUACCUUUGAAACAGCUAGGGCAAAGUGAAUUCGGGCCAGAUGACACGUGUUUUUAUCUUAUCAUAAGUGGAAAUUGGGAAAUGGUGUAGAGAAGUAGCUUGAAGAAUCUUUGUAGUCUCUCUGUAAUGAUUUGUGUUGAAAUUAAAACCUUUGAUUUUGAAUUUGAUGGUGCGUCUAUCCUAUCUACAGGGACAAGAAAGAUGCUGAACAGAAUAUGCCUCUUGGAAUUAAUUAGAUACGAGCCGUGUGAAUGAGAAGGAUUUUAUUUUUAGCUUUGUCAGGAUCCAGAAAAUGGACAAGCUUUUGUUAAUGAAAAGAGAACUUAGCUAGGUAGGACCCUGAUAAUGGUGGGUGCACUAAUUUGGCAAGAUGGGUCUUCAUCCUCCCUCGCUCUUUUCUGUGGACAUAGAUGGAACCACUAUGAGACAUGAGAUACUGUUCUUGUCUUGUCCCUAUUUUUUUAGUAUUUUCCUUGUGUCCAGGGGCUCGCGAAGAGAGUAGGAUUACGAAGAGCAAAAAUGAGGCCUGCAAUGAUGAAAUAAUGUGGUGAUAGUGAUGCCCAAUUAAGAAGCUAUUAUACCCACAAUAUUCCAGCUACUCCAUCGUAUUGACGACGUGUAGAAGCUUCGUUGUGUUGCUGUGCCUUUUGCUUUUUCGUCAAAUAUUGGUUGCAAAUUCUCUUCUGAGUUUCAAGAUGGUGGGGUAGCUGGAAAAUGGACUUUGCAGCCAAUAUCGACGAAUGAGCAAGAAGCGCUGCAACAUAGCCGAGUUUCGUGUCAAGAAUAUGCUUUUGCUGCUAUAUGACAUCCGAUUCCAAGUUCUACUUUAUUAUUAAAACAAUACCUUUCAGGUUUAAGGUUUUUUCCUUUUUCUUUU